GAGAAAGCAAGCGGGGGAAAGCGGACCUUAUUCAGUCCGUCGCUCCGUAACGGGAGUUCACAGCGCUGCCGACGCACUAUUCAAUUCCGGUAUCUCACAGCUUCUUAACAAAGUAGGAUUCCGCAGAACAAGAAUAAGAAAAAAGAGGAGGCGGAGCUGGCAGGUUGUUUUAAAAGCUUGAAAGCUUCUCACAGGAAGAGCCGGUGAAAGAAAUAUUUCUUAACUGCCUGCGUUAAAAGAGAGGGACAGACAGGGGAGCAGUCUUCAGUCAAUGCAUCAUUAUGGGACUCACCAUACGGCCCUGCCUUCUGAGUUGCCAACGGAUGUUGUCAAGAGGACAGAAUCUCCAUUUGUUGUGUGGGAAUGCCUUAUUUAUUCCACACUGAGCAGGGAUAUUUCUUUGCUGUGAGUUAAACAUGAACAAAACCAUGGUUUCUAACGGAUCAUUUCACAAUAUCACCUGCAAUGAGACUCUCAUCGUGAACGAUGGCAAGCCAGCAACAAGCACCGUCAUGUUUUUGGCAGCCGUGGUGGGAAACCUGCUGGCUCUCCUCAUCCUCGGAGUGCACCAGAAGGAGCAUCGCUCCAGGUCGUCUGUCUUCUGCAUCCUGGUGACCGGCCUGGCCCUCACCGACCUACUGGGCACCUGCCUCCUCAGCCCACCUGUGUUCAUCUGCUACGCCUACAACAUGUCCCUAAUAAGUCUGGGCGGUGCGAGCCUGUGCAACCUCUUUGCCUUUGCCAUGAGUUUCUUCGGCCUGGCGCCCACGCUUAUCCUGUGUGCCAUGGCCGUGGAGCGCUGCCUGGCCAUCAGCCACCCUUACUUUUACUCUGUACACAUUCGCCGCAACUUUGCCAAAUUCACUCUUUUCUUUAUUUACCUCUUUUCUUUGGCCUUCUGUCUGCUGCCAUACAGCGGAUAUGGCAAAUUCAGACAAUACUGUCCUGGCACGUGGUGCUUCAUCGACAUGGACUCAACGGGGGAUGAACAGCCCGCCUUGGUGCUGGCCUUCUCCCUAUCCUACUCCUCCCUCAUGGCACUGCUGAUCUUUGCUGUGUUUGUGUGCAACGGUUCAGUGAUUGUCAGCCUGUGCCAGAUGCACCGGAGUCAGAUGAUGCGGCGCGGCUCGGUUCUUUCGACAGCGAGGAAGAGGAGGCUGAGCCUGGCCUGGUUCGUACAGGGGGAAGAGGAGAUGGACCACCUGGUGCUGCUGGCGCUCAUCACGGUCAUCUUCGUGGUCUGCUCGCUGCCACUCACGAUUGCAGGUUUUAUCAACGCCAUUAAUCCAUUUUGUGGAGACGCAGAGAACCUGACAGCGUUCCGCUUCUACGCACUGAACCCCAUUGUGGAUCCCUGGGUCUUCAUCAUCUGCCGCAAGUCGGUGUUUCACCACCUUUACUCUCUGCUGAGCUGCCGCUUCAGCAGGAAAGCUGUGAAGACGUCAGCACACUGCGCUCUGUCUUUACCCCUUGACAAUCACAUGCAGCGCAACUCUCCAGGCGUGACCGUUCCACAGACCAACAUGUACUCAAGUAUACAUCUGUGUAACCCUAACCCAACAUAAAGCUAGGGGGAUUCCAUGUCUGAUAAUACAGUUUUUCAAAUGAUAAUUUAACUUUUGUAUACAGGAUACAUGCACUCUACUAUUUUAAGCCACAAAGACAACAAAAUUGCACUAGGUCUUAAACUUCCAUGUUCAAACAAAAACAGCUUGUGUUAUGAAACCAACAGCACUGUGACUUAGAGUUUGAUGUGUUCCUUAGAGCUAGUGUAGAUUCACUUAUUUUUUUCUCAGCCUGUUCCUUAAUUCACAGCCAGGAAACUCCACUAAAUGGAUGGAUAACCGCUACAGAAAGCGCUACGUGCAGCCAAUAGUGUUACAGAUGCGCCAUUUACCGUCGGCGAGGUUGGAGACGAACCAGCGCAGAUUUUAUUUUUAGCGUAAGAAAUUGGAUUUGUGGCGUGAGUGAGUGUGAAAACAUGCAAACGCGUGUGUGACACGGGGAAACCGUGAGAGUUGGCAGCCCUGUAGCUAUGUUGGCUAGCUAG